AACAGUUGCUUUGUUGUACCAGCCAGGUUCUGACAAAUCACAGUGAGCUAUUCUACACAAUCAUCUUUUCCCGACACAGGUUGAUUUAUUUUCUGUCAGAUGCAGUUGUAGCCCACUGCUUGGGAAUACAUUCUUAGCAACAAUGUGGGUCGCCACCGUUCGGCUACUUCAAGGAAUAUUGAUUUGAAACAGACGGAAACUCGGGGCCAUUGGACUCCCAUAAAGAGUUUGCAACCCCACGUUGUUCAGAAUAUUGAAGUAGCCUACACUGCGAAAUGGAUUUGCAUGAAGGAGCCGCAAACGGUCAUUGUGAGGGUGUUUUAGACCUGUCGCAUCGGAAUUUGAACAGUUUGAGCUUGGUCAAUAUCAGCGAGGAGCAAAAGAGGGACACCAAGCAGUUGUAUCUAAGCUUCAAUCGAUUGGCCUCGCUGUCCGGAUCAGUUUGCAUGUUCUCCAACCUCGAGUUUCUGGACAUUAGCAACAACGGACUAUCGGUCAUCUGUGAAGACAUUACUCGGUUAACCAGGCUCAGAACACUAAUAUCCAAGAACAACCGUCUGGACGAAUUCUCGCUGCCUAAGGAGUUUGGAUCUUUGCCGUUGGAGGUGUUGAAUCUAAGUGGCAAUCGAUUUGAGGAGAUGCCAGCGCAGUUCCUGAAGUUGCAGCGGCUACAAUCACUUUCCCUUGGGGGAAACCGAUUACAAAGUAUUCCUGCAGAAAUAGAAAACUUAACCAGUCUGGAGCUUCUGUAUUUGGGUGGUAACCUGAUCACGUCUAUUCCUCCUGAGCUGGCCAACCUGCCCUACCUCAGCUACCUGGUCCUGUGUGACAACCGCAUCCAGGGUGUACCCCCGCAGCUCACCAGGUAACCAUAACACUAACCCUAUCUGGCGCAUACUGCCACAGCUCACCAGGUAACCAUAACACUAACCCUAUCUGGCGCAUACUGCCACAGCUCACCAGGUAACCAUAACACUAACCCUAUCUGGCGCAUACUGCCACAGCUCACCAGGUAACCAUAACACUAACCCUAUCUGGCGCAUACUGCCACAGCUCACCAGGUAACCAUAACACUAACCCUAUCUGGCGCAUACUGCCACAGCUCACCAGGUAACCAUAACACUAACCCUAUCUGGCGCAUACUGCCACAGCUCACCAGGUAACCAUAACACUAACCCUAUCUGGCGCAUACUGCCACAGCUCACCAGGUAACCAUAACACUAACCCUAUCUGGCGCAUACUGCCACAGCUCACCAGGUAACCAUAACACUAACCCUAUCUGGCGCAUACUGCCACAGCUCACCAGGUAACCAUAACACUAACCCUAUCUGGCGCAUACUGCCACAGCUCACCAGGUAACCAUAACACUAACCCCAUCUGGCGCAUACUGACACAGCUCACCAGUUAACCACAACACAACUGUAAUAUAACUAACACAAUAAUACUGCCACAAGACUGAUAACCCAACCAUAUUCAAAGCAUACCUCCACAACAACUCAACUGGUUAACAGAACCAUAUCCAUCGUGGACUGUCAUAACCUAAACAAAGUCUAGAUUUUUGUCUAUAAUACUCAUAACAAUGACCAUGCCC